UGAUUGAUUACUAAACCUCUUUCCUAAUGUUUCCACAGGAGUCUCCCCAGGACAGUGCCAUCACCCGGGAUAUUAACCGGACAUUCCCAGCCCAUGACUAUUUUAAGGACACAGGAGGAGAUGGACAAGAUUCCUUAUAUAAAAUAUGCAAGGCAUAUUCUGUGUAUGAUGAAGAGAUUGGCUAUUGCCAGGGCCAGUCAUUUCUCGCUGCUGUUCUGCUUCUCCAUAUGCCUGAAGAACAGGCAUUCAGUGUUCUGGUCAAGAUCAUGUUUGACUAUGGUCUCAGGGAACUUUUCAAGCAAAACUUUGAAGAUUUGCAUUGCAAAUUUUACCAGUUGGAGCGACUCAUGCAGGAAUACAUCCCUGACCUGUACAACCACUUCCUGGAUAUAAGCCUUGAAGCACACAUGUAUGCCUCCCAGUGGUUUCUUACACUUUUCACUGCAAAAUUCCCUCUCUACAUGGUCUUCCAUAUCAUCGACCUGCUUUUAUGUGAGGGAAUAAGUGUUAUUUUUAAUGUCGCCCUUGGAUUAUUAAAGACUUCCAAGGACGACUUGCUGCUGACAGAUUUUGAAGGUGCCUUGAAGUUCUUCAGGGUCCAGCUUCCGAAGAGAUAUCGCUCAGAAGAAAAUGCGAAAAAGCUAAUGGAAUUAGCUUGCAGCAUGAAGAUUAGUCAGAAGAAGUUGAAAAAAUAUGAAAAAGAAUAUCACACCAUGAGGGAACAGCAGGCCCAACAAGAAGACCCGAUCGAGCGAUUUGAGCGAGAGAACCGGCGUCUACAAGAAGCUAACAUGAGGUUGGAACAGGAAAAUGAUGACUUAGCCCAUGAGCUGGUAACCAGCAAGAUUGCACUGCGCAAGGACCUGGAUAACGCUGAAGAGAAGGCAGAUGCACUCAAUAAGGAGCUGCUUAUGACCAAACAGAAGUUGAUUGAUGCGGAAGAAGAGAAGAGACGGCUGGAAGAUGAGUCUGCUCAGUUAAAAGAAAUGUGUCGUCGGGAACUCGACAAAGCAGAAUCUGAGAUUAGAAAAAACAGUUCCAUCAUUGGUGACUACAAGCAGAUUUGUUCUCAGUUGAGUGAAAGAUUGGAGAAGCAGCAGACAGCUAAUAAAGUGGAAAUUGAGAAAAUUCGGCAAAAAGUGGAUGACUGUGAGCGCUGCCGGGAAUUUUUCAACAAAGAAGGUCGCAUAAAGGGCCUAAGCUCAGCCAAGGAGGUUUUAGAUGAGGACACAGAUGAGGAGAAGGAGACCCUGAAGAACCAGCUGAGGGAGAUGGAACUGGAGCUGGCCCAGACCAAGCUGCAGCUGGUGGAAGCGGAGUGCAAGAUCCAGGACUUGGAGCACCAUUUAGGCCUUGCCCUGAAUGAGGUACAGGCCGCCAAGAAGACGUGGUUUAACCGAACCCUGAGCUCCAUAAAGACGGCAACGGGGGUUCAAGGGAAAGAGACUUGCUGAGUGAAGUGGCUGCCUCCAGACACCUUCAGAAAACACGACACCUUUUGUUGCCUUCUUUGGCCAGAUGUGUGAUUCUGUGACAUGUCCCAGGACCAGAAUGUACCUAAGUCAGAUCCAUAGCAGCAUGUUGGUAGGUCAUUGGACCAGAGCUCAUGAAGCAGUCAGCCUCUCUGGGGUAAGGCUCUCCUAACUACUGAUGCUAACAGGCCUGCUGGCUGAGUGACGCUCUGGACACGCUCUGGGAAACCAUCCUCCGUGUGAGCUCCCAGGCCUCUUCCUGGUGUGGGUCACCACCUCACCCAGCCCAAGGGCUGAGUUGACAUUAUCGGAGUUUGGGGAUCCUUCAGGCUUUUGGUUUUUUUCUAAACCUUUAAUCUUUUUUUUGUUUGUUUUUAAAUAUACAUAUUAUAUAUAUAUUGUGGGGUGGGGGUGGGGUGGGCAGGGGAUCAGUAUCGCAAAUAAUUCUUAUCUACUUCGUGCCAGCAUAGGGUCCUCCAGGUAGACGCGGAGAAGCACUUUGUUUUAAAUAGGAGGGUUUCCUGGUUGUAGUUGAAGCCACCUAGUUUUGUUAAAGAACACAUUGCACAGGUGUUGGGUUUGGCAUUAUUCACGUUUCUGAUCAAUUCUAUGCAACUCUUCUAGUUCCUCUUGUUUUUAGUGUUAGCUGCCAAAACGUCACAGGGCUGGGCUGGGCGACUUGACCGACUGUGAGACAGGGUUAAUCAUAACGUGGACAAAUCUUAUUUUGCUUCAUGUGUCGUGUGUGUGUGUGUGUGUGUGUGUGUGUGUGUGUGUGUAUAAAUAUCUUUUCCCAGUGUGCCCAACUGACAGUGUUUAAAUCCCAGACCGAGACUGAUCUGCACAACCUAAUUAUGUGGAUAUUUGGGCACUUAAUGUCACUCCAGUUCUGCUGGGCUCCACUCUCCUCCCCCACCUUCUCGAGAGCUGGGAAAUGCUCCAUCACUUCAAGGUCCCUAGUGCUUUUGCACAACAGGUCAUACAGGCAAGGAGGACACUGCGCCGUGUGUGUGUGUGUGUGUGUGUGUGUGUGUAGACACAUGUGCGGGAUGCACAGGCCCAGGCCCGGUCCUGCUGACCCGUGUCCCUCCCCAGCUGUCUGGGCCCCUGGGCCCUCCCCCGAGUGUGCUGGGUGCAGACCUCGCUGUUCAGAUGGGCUGCAGGUUCUCACUUCAAAACUACAGAAUAGAGGUUUUAGCACCUUUAAAAAAACAAAUAACCUAGACCUUUUAAUUUAUAUAGUGAUAUGCUGACGGGCUGGCGCCGAUGAUCUGGUCUCCGCACGCAGGGUGCAGGUAGCUGUUCUAAGAGGCACUGGUUUGUGUAUAAAGAUUCUUGGGUUGUUUUGUAUCUCUUUUCCUGUUGGCUAUACUAACGCUUGCUGAGGUCACUGUGACAAGGGAGGUAACAAUGGCAACCCCCACCCCCCGAACCACACCCUCCACCGCUUUCCGUGUCUUUCUUGUUCAGUUACCAAAACAGCUGUAAGCCCAUCUAAAACUAGGUGCGUGGACAUUGUGCUAGGGUAGUUUCAGUGUGUCAACUUUAUGAACUGAAAUAUAAACCAGUAAAAUUGUAUUACUA